CUUCUGCAGACAUGGCUCCCAGUGUGCCAGCGGCAGAACCCGAGUACCCUAAAGGCAUCCAGGCCAUGCUGCUGGGGCCUCCCGGGACUGGUAAAGGCACCCAGGCACCCAAAUUGGCUGAAAACUUCUGUGUCUGCCAUUUGGCUACUGGGGAUAUGCUGAGGGCCAUGGUGGCUUCUGGCUCAGAGCUGGGAAAAAAGCUGAAGGCAACUAUGGAUGCUGGGAAACUGAUGAGUGAUGAAAUGCUAGUGGAACUCAUUGAGAAGAAUUUGGAGACCCUUUCAUGCAAAAAUGAUUUUCUUCUGGAUGGCUUCCCUCGGACUGUGAGGCAGGCAGAAAUGCUUGAUGACCUCAUGGAGAAGAGGAAAAAGAAGCUUGAUUCUGUGACUGAGUUCAGCAUCCCAGACUCUCUGCUGAUCCGAAGAAUCACAGGAAAGCUGAUUCACCCCAAGAGUGGCUGUUCUUACCAUGAGGAGUUCAACCCUCCAAAGGAGCCCAUGAAAGAUGACAUCAACAGGGAAUCCUUGAUUCGUCGAUCAGAUGAUAAUGAGAAGGCCUUGAAAAUCCGCCUGCAAGCCUACCACACUCAAACCACCCCACUCAUAGAGUACUAUAGGAAACGCGGGAUCCACUCUGCUAUCGAUGCAUCCCAGACUCCUGAUGUCAGGUUCGCGUGCAUCCUAGCAGACUUCUCCAAAGCCACAUCCUAGUAUCAGAAGGCCAGGUGAGACUGCACCACUGCUCAUCACCCUGCGGCAUGAUCCCGG